AUGGGCAUACGCUGUUGGGAUAACGGCCGCAAAGACAACUGCGGGAUGCACUCUCCCAAGUCAUUCGAGUUCCAAUUCCAAGAGGCCGAGUAUGGCUAUCGAUACUUGAAGGCGAAACUUGGACCGUCGAGCCAGGUGUUGGUGUUGGAUGAGAGUGAGCGAAUAUUGCUCCACUUCCCUAUCGAAGGCUUAUUAUUAAGAUCGACCGCGAGAGCCUCACAGAAAGAGGAAGUCUUGGCUGCUGUGAGAGAGCAGGGCAGGCUGGAUGCUUCUGCCGAAAUUUCGGCGACUCCCACGACCACGCGGUGCACUAUGCUCACAGAGUCACAGCACUUCACAAUAGAUGGAUUUCGCCACACUUUUGACCACCGCUCCAACACCGCUCGAGGCCUUCUAAUUGGUAGAAUAGACAGGCCUUUAGAGCGACCGCUCCAGCUAUAG